CCCGCCACGCAGGUGGCUGCCGCCCUGGCGCUGUGCCUGCUGCUGGUGCCGCCCAGCUCCGCGUGGUACAAGCCGGCGGCAGGGCCCAGCUACUACUCGGUCGGCCGCGCCGCAGGGCUGCUGUCCGGUUUCCGCCGGUCCGCGUACGCGCGGCGCCCGGAACUGCCCAUCGGGGCGGGACCCCGGGACCCCGAAGGCGCCUUCCCGGAGCUGCGGAGCCUCGCCCUGUGCGUCAAGGAGGUCACCCCGAACCUGCAGAGCUGCGAGCGGCUCCCCGACGGCCGCGGGACUCUCCAGUGCAAGGCGGACGUCUUCCUGUCGCUGCGCGCGGCGGACUGCAGCAGUACCUGAGCCCACCCCCGCCACUCCCAAGACCGGUCCCCAGUCCCUCCGUCUGUCCUCGCAGUAAAUGGCUAAAUGAAUCUA